GGCUUUUCAAUCAAAUUAAAUUGUGUAUGAAAUAUGUGUACGAAUUUCGCCACUUGCAGGGGAGAAUGUUUUAUGAAUGACCGUGGACUUUAUCGGUUAUUAGAUUUCAGCUCAAUAAUCGGAAUUGGAUGUGGAAAAAGUCCUUCAAUGGCAACAUUCCUUCCUCAUGAUCCUCCAUGCUUCAUGACAUCAAAUCAUGUUCAUCAGCCUCAUCAGAGUGACAUUGCAAUGGCUGAUUGCUAAUUUGUUGAUGACAGCAGUGGCCAUCAUUGAUGGCACAUGAAUACAAAAUGUCAGUCAUGUUACAAAUACAAGAACUUCUUUACCAUACUUUACUAUUGACAAUUUGUUUUGGUUUGCUAAUUGCAGUGAUCAUCCAAUGCUUUCUGAAUUGGAGGCGUAAAGGUAUUUUGUACAAGAAUGCAGAGAAAAGACAGGAAAAUGCCAACUAUGAUGACUUCUCAAAAUGUACGUCAUCAAGCUGUGUUCGUUGUCAGAACUAUGAAAGGCUAACACUGGACCUCAUGGAACGCUUUGUAAAAUACAAGGACGUGAAAAGUGAUGAAGGUGAACAAGAUUUGACACGACUUCAAAUUUCAAUUGAGAACAGCUUGAAGAUGUUGAAAAAUGGCGAGGACAAAUCUCAGCUCGGAGAUGAAACUUCCUUACCUUCACUGCAAAAGCCCAAUGUGUUCUUUCUCCGCGGCUUAUCUGCAAAUCCAUGGCACGAUGGAGGAUUUGACACUGAAACAUCAGUCCUGGAAGCAGCACUGCCGACAAUCAAACAGGAAUACAGAGAACUGCUCACCGAGCAAAACAUCUCCGAGAAUUUCGAAGGAUGGCUGGAAAACAAUGUACCGAGCGGAAUGUGGAACGUGUUCUAUUUGUUCAACCAAGGCAGGAGAAUGGAGGAUAACUGUUCCAAGUGUCCAAAGACGGUUGCAAUUCUUGAAGCUCUGAGCGUUUUCAUGAAGGGGUGUGCCUUUGGUAAUGCUAUGUUUUCAGUGCUGGAAGCUGGUACACACAUAACAGAGCAUUAUGGCCCUUGUAACUUGAGGAUUCGAUGUCAUCUUGGUCUGCAUGUUCCAGCAAACUGCAGCCUGACCGUCGCUCAUCAGUCCAGGCAGUGGCAGGAAGGCAGGUGUCUACUCUUCGACGAUUCCUUCCUGCAUGAAGCAAGGCAUGCUGGGAAGGAUGACAAGGGGCCGAGGGUGGUUCUCAUGAUGGACUUCUGGCACCCCGACGUGACCGCCGCCGAGAAGAGGGCGCUGUGUCAUUUGUUUCCUUCACAGUGAAGGACAGUCUAAGUUUAUUGUUGGUGGUUAAAGUUUGAAGUAUCUCACCCUAUCUGUCUCAAUUUAUGGUACUUCGAAAUUGAUUCUUUUUCCUGUAAAGGAAAUUGGAGACUCUAGUUAUUUUAACCCUGUAUUUACAUUGUAUUACUAUUACAUUGUGUUUAUUCGCUCAAGAAUCAAUAAAAAAACUUACGAGUGCUUGGGCGGUUUUGGGCGGUACGGUGACUUAAGGACUUUUACUAAAGGGACUUUUACUGCAGGGUUACAAAAAAUGUAUUUUGUUGAUGUAUAUUUCAGGUUUAUCUAGUCAGUAAGCAGGUUGCAGCAGUUUAACAUAUUUAAAGGGAAUGUACAUCAUUGGCUUUUGCUGUAAUUUUCAGAAAUGAACUAUUUGAGGGGUUAGUAUAAUAGAUCAAAUAUUGUUGAUCAAAUAUUGUUUGAAGUUUUGU